AUGGCCGAUAUUCAAGCUGAAAAAGCUUUCCAAAAGCAACAAGUUUCUUUCAAAAACAGAUUCCAACUUAAAGCCAGCAAAGGUAAAGAAGGUAUCAGAUAUUACAAAAAUAUCGGUCUUGGUUACAGAACCCCAAAGGAUGCCAUCGAAGGUACCUACAUCGAUAAGAAAUGUCCAUUCACCUCAGACGUUUCAAUCCGUGGUGCUAUCCUCCGUGGUACCGUCAUCUCAACCAAAAUGAGAAGAACCCUUGUUGUCAGAAGAAACUAUCUCCACUACAUCAAGAAAUACAACCGUUUUGAAAAGAGACACUCCAACAUCCCAGCCCACGUUUCACCAGCUUUCAACGUAAAGGAAGGUGACUCUGUUACCAUUGGCCAAUGUAGACCAUUAUCCAAAACUGUCAGAUUCAACGUCAUCAAACACGAUAUCUCUGCUGCCUCAAAGAAACAAUUCAAAGCUUUCUAA